GAGUUGGUCUCUCCUAGAUAGAGAAAAGUGGGGGGAAAAUUCCAGAGAGAGAAAGAUAUAGUAGGGAAGAAAAAAUGGGGAUUCUAGAGAGAAAGGGUCCAGGGGUGAAGAACCUUGGGGAACACAAACACCUCACCCUUCAUUUUUCCAAAAUCAGCAACUUGGAUGUCAGCAAAAGAACCCCACUUUAUAUUUGGAAUUCACUGAACCCAACCUCUCUCUUCCUAUUCAUGUUAAAGAAGAAAGAUUAAUUAGGAAGAAAGAAGGUGGUAGAGGAAAGCAUGAUACUAAAAGCAAAAUUCUGCAAAACCAACCACCACCCAUAAGAUUUCUUCCCCCCAUUACCAAAUCAGGUACUUAUCAUCCUUGACAUCUCCUCUUUCUUGUUCCCUCUUUUAUUAUUCUUUCCUUGUAAUCACCAUCAAGUUUCUUCUUCUUUUUUUUAUUUUAUUCUCUGAAAGAGUAAACAAGAGGAUUAGAAAAUCACCCAGUUUUCUUCCUUUUUGUUCCCUUUUUAUUCUUGUGGGUAUACCCAUCUACUGCUGUUGGUUUGCUUAUGGUUUCUUUGUUCUUUUCUCUCUUCUAUGAAUACUCAUACCCAAUUUAGAUGGAAGGAUUGAGAUGCAAAAAGUGAAAAGGGGGACCUUCUUAUUGCCUGUUUGGGAAAUCCUCCUACCAUUCCAGAUAUUAUCUUCAGAGCCAAAGAAUAUACAACCAUCACAGUUAUUUUGCCCCUCACUCUUGUUUCUACUUAUGCUGGAUUAAUAUAAGUAUGUCUUGUACCUUUGCUUAAUUUCUUGUCAAGUAGCUGGAUAGCAAUUAUGGGUAUUGGUUUAUUUCUCUGUAGCCCUUUAGUUUGUUUGUAGAUUUGAUUUGUUGCCCUUACAAUUUUUAAUGAUGAAUCUUGUUAAAGCGUAGAUUUUUCUUGAAGCAAUAUUGUCAAGAUAAUUCCUUUUCAUUUUUCUGUUUAAUUGUGGCAAUAUUAGGAAUUUCCU